AUGGACCAACGAACCCGCCUGCGGAAGGCGUGCGAUGCCUGUAGCAUUCGGAAAGUGAAGUGCGACACCAGCGGGCCACCCUGUCGGUCAUGCGCAAGCUUGGACAUCCCCUGCACGUAUGAACGGCCAAGUCGUCGUCGAGGGCCGCCGAAUCGUCAUGCUGAAGCAUUUAAGAAGCGAAAACUCGGAGAGUCUCCCUCGGGCUCUCCAAGCCCAUCGGAUCCGACCUCGCCUGUGCCACCAGCGGUGGGAGGGGGAGGGAUUGACCCAUCCGUGAUCCCCUAUCCCGCAUCGCUGGAAGCUAUCUGUUCAAUGCCCACAAUUCGGCUACUGAUUGAUGACUAUUUCACGUAUAUUCACCCCUUAGUGCCGAUUCCUCAUGAGCCCACAUUUCGCGCUGCGCUGGAACGGCGAGAGGAUCUCACCAACCGGACCUUUCUGGCCCUCGCGGCCGCCAUGAUCGGGACGUCGGUUGCCUCUUUCCCCCGGAGACCCAAGCGUCACCUCAAGACAGAAGCCGAAAAAUCCGCGUUUCCGCACUCGAUGGCACUCGUCAAGCGGUGCCACGAUGUAGCAGUGCAGGCUCGGGGUACGGGGUACCUCGACCGGACUGCGACCGUGUACGAUGCCGCCAUUAGCUAUCUUCUCGGUCUCUGCUCCUGCUACGCUUGGCACAUUCGACGAUGCCGUGUAUACCUCGCCGAGUGCCUGACCAUGCUUCACGUGUACGAUCUUUACCGCCACUCGAACCGAUUAUCCUAUGUCACAGUGUCUAGUCCUAAGUCUGCCUCGUCGCGUCUUUCCCAGGAACCCAAUGGGGUGUCCGGAGAGUCCCCAGUCAACAUCAUCGAGCGGGAACUCGGAAGGCGGCUUUUCUACCUCGUCAUUGUCGGUUAUCGCUCGAUGCAGCAGCUGGGCGGAGGUGACACCAUCGUUCACGUUCCCCCCGAAACCCCGACAGAACGCUAUCCUCCGCUACCACUUGAAAUUGACGAUGAGUUCAUCUAUCUCACACACUAUGAUCCGCAACCGCCCGACCGAGUCUCACGCAUGGUGGGUUUCAAUGCCAACAUUCGCGUGAUGAGCUCGUACAACCAGCUCUCGGCUUGGGAGACGGCCUUUGGGAGCGGGCAGAUUCUGGAGUGGGAACGACAGCGCUCCCUCCUGUGUCAAUGCCUGCAGAACGCCAAAAUGGCCUUCAAUGGCCUUCCACGGGAGCUCGCUCUUGAGGGGUCACCUAGCUCUGCAUCAAGCCAGGGACCAGACAACCAUAGCCCGUUGUCUGGCACCAGUGGUCCACAAUCGUAUGAGCGUCACAUACAGUAUGAGAUUCAGAAAGCGAACAUUUAUGCCAGUCAGCUUGCGAUACGAUCUUACUUAGUGGAGAAAUAUUGGUCCUUGUACGGCGCGGUGACACGGCAUCAACAGCCGCCCGAACCGCAUACUCCUGUUAGUCCUUCGGCGGCCGUCAAGAUUGAGGGCGGCCCACUGCACUCCCAGGCAACAUCGGACGCGGAUGCUCAAUCAGACUACAUCGGAAGGACUAUGGCUGAAGAGCGUCGGCUCGUGAUUCGUGACUUGUUUGCAUUGUUACAGUCGGUCAACGAGAUCAACAUGGAGCCAAACGGCGCCAGCUUUACAGCCAAAGUCCGCCAGGUCGCGUCCACCCUUCUGAAUUUUUCCAAUGAUAAAGCCGCCUUUACGAUGAGCGGACCGCAACCUCUUACCAGCGCCGAAGUCGAGUCCUACCUCCGCGCCUUCAUUGAUACACUCGUGCGCCUUGAGGGUCUUGUAGCGACCGAUCCUAGCAAGAUCCGACAGCAUCCGGACGCCUCCGGACGGUCUAUGAGCUAUUUGAGUGAUAACGACCGGGAAGAAGAAGAACUGCGUCAGUGGGCCGGCAUCAAGGAAUACCAGGCCAGAUUUGCUGAGGAGGGAGGGAUGGCAUUUCAAUUAUAG